CUCUUUAAAGUCCUUACCAGAACGUGACGGAGUUUGAUGGACAGGAUGCCUGUGGCUCCAACAGCUGGACCGUGGUGGACAUUGACCCACCCCAAAGAUCCAACGACGCCAAGUCCCAGAAGCACCCUGGCUGGCUGAUGCGGGGCCUCAAACCCUGGACCCAGUACGCCAUCUUUGUCAAAACUCUGGUCACCUUUUCUGACGAACGCCGAACCUAUGGGGCCAAGAGCGACAUCAUCUAUGUACAGACAGAUGCCACCAAUCCUUCCGUCCCUCUGGACCCCAUCUCCGUUUCCAAUUCCUCGUCCCAGAUCAUCUUGAAGUGGAAGCCCCCUUCAGACCCGAACGGCAACAUCACGCACUAUCUAGUGUAUUGGCAGAGGCAGGCGGAAGACAGUGAACUCUUCGAGUUGGACUAUUGCCUCAAAG